CAUUGAUGAAAGAACGUGGAAGGAAUACUUAAUGUAUUUAGUUGAAUCUUGAUUGAAGUUACAGGUAUUGUUCAAAACAUCAUUUAAGGAUGAUAUGAAAGAAUGAGAAUAUGAUACGCCUAUUAAUCUUGUAUUCCAUAGUGUUGUGUUUCCUGAAUAUUGAUCUAACGAGAUCAACUAGUUCUAACGACUAUCAGUCUUGCAAUGUUUCCUGCUCGACCCAAGAUGAAACAUGCAAAUCUAAAAUCGAGUACCAUUACUGUUUAAAGACUAAGACUGGUGGAACAGAUAUUGAUUGUGGUCAAGAACUGAACGAAACGGAGGAAUAUAUUUGUGAGAACUGUGACUGGUCGAAUUCUGAGGGCUUGAAACCAGAUGAAUUGGAUGCAGUUUUAGAAUGUUCACAGCCAUUUUUGAAUCACGGUUUAGGAAUGGCAACUCCAAAGGAGAAUUGUGGGUACAUUCUCGAUUAUUUAGAAUGUAGAAGUGAAACCGAAGUAAAUAUUGAGUGUAAAAACACACAAGGUAUUGGCAGCCCACCAAGUUAUAAAGACUUAAAUAGAAUGGCUUUCAGUCUAUGCUCAGGAGCUAAUGGUUCUUUAUAUACAACAUGUGACCGAUUUCUGGAAGAGUAUAAAAAGAUAUUUGUGGUCGAAGAAGUGGAAUUCGUGAUGAAAUUAUCAGACGGACGUUGGUGGUGCCAUAGUUUUAUGAAAGUACUAGAAGCUGCUGGUAUAGUUACACAAGGAUCUGAUUGUGAAAUCUUAGAUUAUGAUUCGCUAAGUAGAAAUUUAUCAUUGAAAUAUCAAGGCAACUGGACAGAAUACUGCUACAUUCCUCAGGAAUCAUCGCCUUCUACAACAGCAGCAUCAUCACCAACUCAUACAUCAUCAACCUAUACACCAUCAACUUUCAGAUCAACGGCUUUACCUUCUACUAACUUGACCAAUUCAACCACUUCUGAUCACACUGAAAUUACAACGCCCAAGAAGAUGAAAGAACGAAACGAUGGGAAACCAAGUACUUCCUCUGGAUAUGUCUGUCUACUAGCUUAUGUUCUUGUCGCUGUGAUAUCAAAAUGAUGCUAUAUGUCUACACACGCCGCUGUACAUAGCUUUUAUAUAUAUUUAUACAAUGUUUAUAUUUUAUACUAUAGAGAUAGUAAAAGAUAAAGUGUAUUGAAUGAUUCAGUGACAUUGCUAGUAAAGGUUGUCAAAUAGU